UUCAGUUGCGUCUAAUAUGUCAAACAAAAAAACAAAAUCUGUUAAUAUAAAUCCGGUUUCUAUUGCUGCUCAGUUAAAAAAAGGUUCAAAUAAUGAUGUUGAUGAUGAAUCUUCUAGAACUGAUGAAGAUAUAAAUAAUCCUUGCCAGCUUAAAAUAUAUCCAUGGGUUUAUCGUGGAGAAGGACUACUAAAAAAAUUUAUGUUUUGUCAUUGGUGCAAGGAUGCUGGCAAAAAUAAAAACUUUACCAAAGGUUGUGAAUACUUUAAAAAACAAUACUUAGAUUGGCAUGUUAAUAUUAAUGACCAUCAGAUGGUUUGUGCUGCUCAAAUGCAAUCUCAAGUUAAUUUACAUUCUAGUUUUGCUAUUCAAGCUGAAACUAAUCAAAUAAAG